AUGCCAGCCGCCAAAACCGAAGAAAAGGGCGAAUCCUCAACCGCUGCUUCCAAGGCAGCCCUCUCAGCCUCUACAAAUGGAUCAGCCAAUUACGAGCUACCAUGGGUCGAAAAGUACCGUCCCGUAUUUCUCGACGAUGUCGUAGGCAACACCGAAACGAUUGAGCGGUUGAAGAUUAUUGCCAAGGAGGGUAACAUGCCGCACGUCAUCAUCUCUGGUAUGCCUGGUAUUGGUAAGACUACGAGCGUGCUCUGCCUGGCGCGUGAGCUCCUGGGCGAGUCGUAUAAGGAGGCUGUCCUCGAGCUCAACGCCAGUGACGAGCGAGGCAUCGACGUUGUGCGCAACCGCAUCAAGGGCUUUGCACAAAAAAAGGUGACCCUGCCUCCCGGCCGCCACAAGCUCAUUAUUCUCGACGAAGCGGACAGCAUGACAUCGGGCGCGCAGCAGGCCCUGCGAAGAACCAUGGAGAUUUACUCCAACACGACACGAUUUGCCUUUGCGUGCAACAUGUCCAAUAAAAUCAUCGAGCCCCUUCAGUCACGAUGCGCCAUUCUUCGCUAUGCCAAGCUCACCGACGCGCAAGUCGUCAAGCGGCUGAUGCAAAUCAUUGAGGCCGAAAAGGUGGAAUACAGCGAUGAUGGGCUGGCCGCCCUGGUCUUUAGCGCCGAGGGUGACAUGCGACAGGCCAUCAACAACUUGCAAUCGACCUUUUCCGGCUUUGGCUUCGUCUCAGGUGACAACGUCUUCAAGGUGGUGGACUCGCCGCACCCGAUCAAGGUGCAGGCGAUGCUCAAGGCCUGCUACGAGGGCAACAUCGACUCGGCUCUUGACACGCUCCGCGAGCUGUGGGACCUCGGAUACUCGAGUCACGAUAUUAUUAGCACCAUGUUCAAGGUGACCAAGACGAUACCGACUCUGAGCGAGUAUUCAAAGCUCGAGUUUAUCAAGGAGAUUGGCUUCACACACAUGAAGAUUCUUGAGGGUGUGCAAACACUGCUGCAGCUGAGCGGCUGCGUUGCGCGGCUUUGCAAGAUAAACAUGGAUCCCAAGCGUUUCCAGGCAAAGUAA